CGCAUCUCCGCCUUCGCCGCUCCCCUCCUCCACCUGCCUGGCCUCGGUCUGCCGUCGCGGCCUCGUCCUGGCGCGCCGCCGCCGCCGCCAUGACGCUCAACCCCUUCGCGCAGCAGACGCCCGACUCCGUCGAGAGCACGCUGCAGGGCGCGUCGUGCAGCGUGCUGCUCUUCCCGCCGCGCGGCGCCGCCCACUGUCUGGCCGUGGGCCGCAGCGACGCCCUCGUCGUGCUGUACGACGUCGAGACGCGCGGCCUGGCACGCGUGCUCGAGGGCCACGUCAAGGCCGUCACGGGCCUGGCGUGGAGCCACAACGGGCGCUUCCUCGUCUCGGGCAGUGCCGACUGCACCGUGGUGCGCUGGGACCUGGCGCCCGGCAAUGCGCGGCACAGCGUCCGCUUCGAGACGCCCGUCACGAGCGUCGAUGUCGCAGCGUCGGACAGCAAUCUGCUGCUCGUCACCCUCGAGACGCAGCAGUCGGUGCUCGUAUCGCUCUCCCUGCGCCGCCGCCGGCGUGGCAGACGGCGAGCGGCCGCGCAAGGAGACAGCGAGAUGCACGAAGUCAACGGCGCCGUGAAGAGCGAGCGGGCUUCUGCUGAGGAGCCGCCAGUGCCGAGCGGUGCGGCUGCCGAGGAAGACGAGGUGGAGGUGCAGCACAUCGAGCGGCGAUGGGUCGUCGGCCUGUCGCCGGAAGAGGAGGAGUCAGGCAAUGACGGCAACAUCACCAUGUCACUCUUCCAUCCGAGCGGCACGCACCUGCUAGCCGGCACCUCUCGCGGCUCUCUGCUGCUCUUCGCCUUGUCACCCGACGGCGAGCGUGGUGGAAGGCUGGUGCAGCGCGUGCAUCUCGGCGCCAUCACGCCAGUGCGCGAGAUGGCCUUUGACGGAGCAGGGCGCAAUCUCGUCGUCAACUCGAGCGACCGCGCCAUUCGCGUAUACUCUGUCCUCUCCGGCCGUGCGGCGGCGGCAGCGGCGGGCGAGGAGGCAGGAGAGAACCCCGUGCGUCUCGCCGACGCUGCGAGCUACAAGUUCCAGGACCUCGUCAACCGCACGCCCUGGAACGGCAUCGGCUUCUCGGGCGACAGCGACUAUGUGUACGCCGGCGCGGCUCACAUCGCGGCGCACAACAUCUACAUCUGGGACAGGGGCGCAGGGGCGCUCGACAAGAUCCUCGAGGGCCCCAAAGAGCCGCUCGUCGAUGUCGACUGGCAUCCAACACGCCCGCUGCUUGCCAGUGCCAGCGCCGGCGGCGCCGUCAACAUCUGGUUCACGCCGACCGCGGAGAUCUGGUCUGCGUACGCGCCCGGCUUCGAGGAGCUCGAGGAGAAUGUAGAGUACGAGGAGCGCGAAGACGAGUUCGAUGUGGAAAACGAAGACGAGGCGUCCAGGCGCAAAGCUGACGAGGAAGAGGCGCUCGUGGACAUUCUCACGCCGCCACUCGCAGCGGGCGGCGGCGCAGUAGUGCAUCGCAAGGACGUCACGGGUCACGGCGGUGCCCCCGAUCCGCAGCUCUGGGGUCUGCCGCGCGACGUGCGGCGCGAGCUGGAGCACGGCCUGCCCGAGGGCCAAGAGCCCUGGGAAUACUUUGAGGUCGACGACGAGGACGAUGAGCCGGAGUUCCAUCUGCCUGUCGACCUGGACGUCGACUAUGGCGCGCUGCUCGAUGAGGGAGAGGAGUAGAAUGGUCACGCAUUGCAAGGCAGAGGGCAGAGUGCUGGCAUUGCGUGAGGUGGUGGGUAUGUGCGCUGCUAGAGCAAAUGAUGUAGGUGGCGGCGAAAGCAGCUAGCGGUGC